AUGGCAGAGCUGUCCUUUACCAAGGCGUUCCUGGCGCAACUCGACUCAAAGCCCGUCAAACUCCCCGCAAACCAUGUGUUUGACCCACGGGACUUCCAAGCACGCCAGCCUUUUACUCUUCCCCGCCUCUCCGACCCUCCACACCCGCAGCUACCCAAGAAGGUCAAACCCGCCGCCAUACCGGGCUCAUCCAAGUCCAUAACGAUCCAUCUCAAGUCUGCUCGGAAUCCUGUCCUCGAUAUCACUCUUGAUAACGUGCCUCUAUCCGGCGCAUCAAUCCAGGACCUCAAAGCAGCCGUCCAGUCGCGCAUUAAACCCGCAAAUGCGGAAAGUGAUAGUGAGAAAGUACCCCUGGAGAAAAUCAAGAUAUUGUGGAAGCGAAAACCGGUGCAGGGAAACCUUGUGACGGAUGCAUUGGCUAGUGAACCCGAUGUUUUAAAGGGGGGGAAGGAGGUGGAAUUUGGCAUUAUGAUUCUGGGCGGUGCUGCCGUCUUGCCGCCGCAAGAGCCGCCUGCUACAUCGACGAUUGCUACCGGAGCUGAACACCUAGCGGGAAAAGAGGCCAUGCAGGAACCAGAUACUGCCAAGAAGUUGCCCGCUGAUAUAGAAAACCGUAAUGUUCUUUGGUCGGAGUCAUUCUGGGAAGACCUGGAAGGUUUCCUGAAAAUGAGAAUUAAGGAUGAGAAGGAAGCAGCACGGCUACGAGUAUUGUUCAAAAAUGCAUGGGAAUCAAGUACAUGA